CGAAUAUUUGAAAUGACGCAGUCAGUUUGGGAUAUCGCUGUUCAGCAGAAUAAAAACAAGCCAGUACAAGGGAAUGUAGAGACUACGAUCAUUUUCGCGGGAAACAGGCAGUCUGUAUGUUGCGAAUGGUCAUCCGACUUUCACUUUCCAAACAAUGUUUAGGGGAAAAGUACAAUCAUUAACCGAUUCCUUGAAAAGGAUGAAACACCAAAACCGACUCUAGCACUUGAUUAUACUUUUGGACGUAAAGGUGCUGGAAACUAUAUGACUAGAGCUGUUUCGCACAUAUGGGAGCUUGGUGGCGGAUCAAAACUUUCAGAUCUAAUUGAUGUAUUGAUCACACCCAACAAUAUACUGAAUCUUCACCUUAUUUUAGUUGUUGAUUUAUCAAAGCCUACAGAACUUUGGGAUACAGUGGACAAUCUACUGAAAUCAGCUUCUUCUCGUGUCGAGCAAAUAUUUAGUCGACUUCGACAAAAGAACAUAACACAUAUUCAGAAUACUCUGAAUGAAAAUUUGAGAAAAAAGAUUUCAUCAACACAUCCAGAUGUAGAGCUCUUAAAUCCUUUUCCAUUACCUCUUACAUUCUUAGGGACAAAAUAUGAUAUUUUUAGGGAAUUCAGUAAUGAACAACAAAAUCUAAUUAGCAAGACAAUGCGUUUUCUGAGUCAUUACUAUGGGGCAUCUUUAUAUUUUUCAUCUAUUAGAGAAGAUGAAUUGCUCAAAAAGACGAGAAUUCUUCUAAAUCACAUUGCUUUUGGUGGUAAAAUAACAUUCAAUGAACAAAUGAAAACAGGAAAGCCAUUAGCUAUUCCUGUUGGUAUGGAUUCAUUCUCAAACAUUGGUAAUUAUUAUUAUUUAUUUGAAUUACGUAUCAUGUCACAUGUUUUUGAAUUCUUACACAAAUUAUAUUAUAAGAAGCUUUCCAAAUGCAUGGCACGCUCUUUGGAAAGCACUUUAGAUCAAGACUGUAUGCACUUUGAGAACGGACAAUAUCUUUCGCUAUGUCAACUGAACUCAGUGAAAGCUGUUAUCUAG